AGAAAAUUAGCAAAAAGCAACACAAAUUUCGACUUUAGCUGAUAACACAGUGCUACCAACCUACGUCAAACAAAAUGCCGAAUCAGCCAACGGAGAAGUCAGCAAAACACACACACAGACGCAAUUGCACGAACGCAAAAGAAAACUUUUAACAAAAUGGCUAUUGAGACGAGUAUCUUCCGGAAAUUUUUUCGAAAAGUUGCGUAAAAUUGUUCAGUGAACGGUGAAAAGUGGCUUCAAAUGAUUCAGUGCGCCCUAGAGGGUGCUUUGCGAUCGAAAAUUGUUAAAUACGGACACAUUUAACAGUGAGAUUUGUAAAGUUCGUUUGACUCUGACUCGGUACUGCGCUUAGAACUUUUUUUUCGCCAAUACUAAUUACGUCCAGUGGAAGGUUUUUUUGUCGGUGCCGUGCAGGUUCUUUAUGGAAAUUGCUCUUCGGGGGCUUAUAUUUGGAAUAAUUGCCGAGUCAAGCGAGCGUAUUCAUGUAAAGUGAAGAUUUAAGGGAGCGCGGAAUUCGUAGCUGAAGAUUUCGAUCGUUUCGUGAUUUUUUCCGAGAGUUCUGUUCAGAGAAAAAUGUCGGAUUCGAGUGAAAGUGAUGACGGACCCGCGAAUUGGAACCGUCACCAACGCGGUAAUGGGAAAAACAGUCGGAAAAUAGUGAUGCGUAUAGAAUUCGAUGAUUCGGAAGAUUCGAGUAGCGGCAGCGAAUCUAGCGGGGAGGAGCCUAUCAGGCCUUCGGCAAGCGGGCGCCGGAGACAUGGCGGCAAGCGCUUGAUCUCGAGCAACGACGAUGACGAUUCUUCAGGUAGCGAGAUCGCUCGCACGGUCGUUGUACGAGGACGCAGCAAGCGCAAAGCCGUCAUCGUCGAAGAAGAGCCCGCGGUCGAUGAACCGCAAACGUCUAGCGCGCUCCAAAACAUUCCAUCGAGCAGCAGCGGACCGGCUCUGGCCGGCGCCACUGAGGACGGGUUCGCGUCCGACAGCAGCAACGAUGAACUCGAAAAGUGUCCUAUUUGCCUGCUUUCCCUGCGCAGUCAGGAAAUUGGUAAACCUUCAGUUUGUGAUCAUUUAUUCUGUGCAAUUUGCAUCGAAGAAUGGGCACGAAACGUUCGCACCUGCCCCAUCGAUCGCCAGGCAUUUGACUCGAUCAUCGUUCAAGAUAACAUAAACAGCCGCAAGUUUGUCCGCGAAGUGAAAAUAGAGGAGACGCAGAAGGCGGACUUUGAAGCGGAGACGGGGGAAGUGAUUGAAGUUGAUGCUGAAAUAGAGCUGGAAUACUGCCGAAUUUGCCAGCAGUCUGACCGCGAAGACGUGAUGCUCCUUUGCGAUGGCUGCAACCAGGGCUACCACAUGGACUGCCUAACCCCACCAUUCACGGAGAUCCCCGAAGGAUUCUGGUAUUGCGACAACUGCUUUGAAUCAGAGGAAGAGGAUAUUCAGGAAGACUUGAACGUGCUUUAUGAAGAUUUGCGCGAGAUGGGAAUUCCAGAGACUCGGCUCAGAGUUAGGGAAGUGCGCCAGCCGAGAAUUCCACGCACACGGCAAAGUGAACGCAUCCGGGCUAGUAUUGUGGCGCGGACCCGGAGAUCGAACACAAGGAUAACUUCAAACAUGGAUCUUUCUCAGCCUAGUAGCAGUGCCGGUGUAACAGCUUCAACGAGCUCGACGAGACGACGGCAGACCACCAAACGCCGCAGUCGCCGCAGAACUGGCCGGCAGCGCCGUACAUACGUUGUUGAAUACGACGUCGACAAUUUCGACCAGAAAUUCCAAAUCAAAACUACGAAAAAAGUUGUACGAAAACGCAAGAGUAGCAAACGAAGCAGCCGCCGAAAGCGCAGAAAGAUAAGUUCCAGAGCAGCUGGCACUCAUAAGCGAAAUACCGAAAUAAACGACUUCUUGGCCCUGCGCGCAGCCCGCGAGAAUUCAUCUGGGCUGCCGCAACCGCGCUUCAGUCUAUUUGGAGGUUCGAAUGAUUUGGAGUAUUUCUCCGAUGAGAGUGAUAGCAGCGUGGUGGGCGGAGACAGCGAGGUCGGGCGUGGAGCCGGAGGCGGAGCAUCGAUUCAAACCUCUAUUCGCAUUCAUAGCUUUUCCACUGGAAGAUCUUUGGCCCGUCGUAAAGGCAUGGUUCGCGAUCUGGAUCGACCGCGUGAGCCAGACAUACUCUCGAGUAUUUUAGAUAUGCAGGAUCGUUUUCACAGUGCUACUCAACAAGGUCGUAUUUCCGAAGUGACAAUCGGGCCGGAUGGCACGCUAAACUUACCAAGUAAAAAGAAUCCUGAAAGUGAGCAGAGCACGGGGGGAAAUAGUGAAAGUAAGAAGGUCCCACCAAGCGAUAUCAAUCAGGCGCCAAUGUAUCCGCGAGGUGGUGGUAGUGGCGGUGGCGGCAAUAAUUACAACAACAACAACAGCGGUGGUAGCACAGGCGGUGGCGGUUACAACAACCGCUUUAACAAUCAGUCAAAUUACCGAAAUUCCACGGGAGGCGGAGGAGGUCAAUUUCGAAGCGGAAAUUUCGGAGGAAGCAACGGCGGUAGCUCGGGCGGCUUCCUUUUCAAUGCAUUCCGACGCGACAACAAUUUUCAAUCAGACAACAGUUUCCAGCAAAACAAUCGCAUGAAUAAUUCUGAUAACUCGACCCCUAAUCGUGGAAGAUUUCGCCAGAAUCAAAAUCAGCAGCAAAGACGCAACCAAAACAAUCAGAAUCGCUACUCCGGUCCGCCUAAUUUAGGCGGGGGCAAUGAUAUAAAUCAAAACCGCAAUCUUGCUGACACUUCAGCAAACCCUUUCAACGAUGGCAGCAACGUAAGCAGACCAGCACCUACACCACUAUUCGGAAUAGGAUCAAUGUCUCUCUUCAGUACACCCACUAAGCCUCUUCCCUCCGAUCCGUCUUCGCAGAUGCAAACCCAUCCAUUGAAUUUCAACAUGAGCAACAGCAACCCCAACUUGCUGUCAGUUCCUUUGCAUCGACCACCGCCACCCAUAUUACCCGUUUACGGUCCAAUGAACAUCACGGGUCCUGAUCCACCUCCAACACCCGACGAUCUUCGGCAAAAUCAUCCAAAUAAUGACAGAAUGCCACAGGGACCUGUCGGUCCUGCGGUAGCACCGCUAGCACCGCCUCCAUGGAAUCAGAAUUUGUUCCGUUUGACCAGUGAUUAUGCCGAUAGCAAUGAUGAGGACGAUGACGAUUCGAAUUGUCCCAACUUUUCGGUAUAUUCGGCGGAAUCAUUUCAAGUGGCACGCUCGUCCGAGAAUACAACAAACAAGGCGGCAGAUUCAACGACCAGCAGCAAAGUUGAUAGUGAUAGUGUUCGACAGCAGGAAGACGAUUAUGAAGAGAAAGAGGAGGAUUUAGUGCAAUUAGAUGACGACGAUGACAUACCAGAUGCCUUAGAGAAAGGCAAAGAAAGUAAUGCUAAAGAUAGCAAGGAUAGUCGGAAUGAGACCAAUGUGCCUGAGUCGGAGAUUUAUGAGCCUGAGUUCCCAACGGCUGAGCCACCUGAUGAUGACGAAGAUGAUGAAAAUGAAGAAGAGAGGGAGAAAAUUGAAGAUAAUCGCGAGGAAAGUACGGAUGAAACAGCUGGCCAAGUGGUAUAUGGUUGUGAACCUGAAAACAAGGGGGACAAUGAGGCAUCAAAUGAGGAGGAAGGAAAAGAAGAAGCAGACGAACAAACGGAAAAUUCAGAAACUAGUGAAAAUAAAAACAGGAAAGCAGGACAUGAAGAUGAAGGUGAUGAUAACAUCGCUAAAGAGAAAGCUGUUAGCACUGUGGAGAAAUCAAAGAGAAGGAAGGGGAAAGGAAAAGGCGUGCUCGAGCUUUACGAUGAUAGUGAUUGGGAAGAAUGGAAUAUUGAGAAAACAGAGUUUAUUCCUAUGCCACCCGGUGAACCACAGACUAAACCUGAUAUUCACUCGAGUAAAAACAAUUCUGACAAAGACAACAGCGGCGGUACACCUGAACGAGAUGUUGGCGAUGCGACAAAAGAUCAUCAAAGUGAUUCUGAGAAGGGUGGUCAUACUCCAGAAAAAGAGGCGGAUGCAGCACUGGAAACAGAUAUCAACACUCAAGAAGAUAGUAGCCAAGCUGCGGAAGAUGGAGGUUGCACACCAGAAUUAGACGAAGCGAAGCUACAGCUACUUAAGAAGCAGACCGAAAAUAUAAGCGAGGAGGAAGAACAAGAAAGGUCGUAUACUCCCUGUUUAGAUGAGAAAACGGAGCACGACGAAGCGAACGGCGAAGGUGGGGAUCACGACACGUCGCAUUCUGAUGAAAAGGACAAAGCAGAUGAAAGUCGCGGCGAUGUAUCUACAAGCGUAAUAGAUGGCUUGGAAAUGGAGUUAAUAUCGGAGGAGGAUGAAGAUAUGCUGAAUGAUGAGCAAAACAAAACUAGCAGCGGACAAAGUAAAGGCGAUGAGAGAAAUAAGAAAUCUGAGGAAAUUGGUGGUAAACGUUCAAGAAAAGAACAAUUCAAGAAAAUUAGUAAAAGCACGAAAGAGCGCAACUAUCGUGACAAAGAUAAUCGUGGACGUCCGAAAAAGCGUUCAAGAUCAAAGUCACGAUCGCGGUCCCGAUCAAAUUCCAGAGGCAAGGAAAAUCGUAACCGCCAAAGAGGUGGCGCAAGGCGAAACAGACGCAAAGAAAUCGAAAGAUAUAAUGUACGAAACGUUAUCGGUCAGCCAAGAACAUAUAAAGAUCGAUACGGUCGUGAUACAUCUCGCCCACCACGUUCCCGUUCUAGAUCGCGGUCAAGGAGUUUUCGUCGUCUUCGAACUAAAUCUCGUACUAGAUCGGUUUCACCAAGAAAUGAACGACGCAGCUUUUCAAUGUCACCGACACCCGUAUCAGCAGGUCGUUUAUCUCCCCGGCGCUUAUCACCCAGGCGUAUUUCACCGCCAGCCCGUCGUUUAUCACCUCGGAGACGAGGGUAUUCCCCAAGGCGAUCAAGGUCGAGAUCACGCCGUAGAUCACGAUCGUUGCGAAGAUCUUCUCUUCCUAGACGACGUUCGCGCACCCCACUGCGACUUCGAUCGCGAUCUCCUUCUAUUGGACGACCGAACAGUCGACGGAAUCAGCGAUUGAGGCGUCGAAUUUCAUCUCACAGUGGUUCACAUUCUCGAUCAUGUUCUCGUUCUCUUUCAAAAUAUGGAUCACGGUCGCGAUCUCCAGCAAUCAGAAGUCCUCGACGGAGUCACUCCAGGAGUCCCCUACGACACAAAAACAAAGGUAAACGAUCAAAAGACCGAAGGAAGAAACGUACCAAAAAACGGCCUGUAUCUAUGAGUCCCGCAUCUCCUCCAGUGAAGCAUGCUGAACGAGCUGCCGUUCCGGCUCGCAAAAAGAAGAAACGUGUGCGGUCAAAAUCACCGGUGAUGGAUGAAGAUAGAUGGUCUCAAAGUCCUGAACCUAUGGCAGAUGCAGCUAUGAUGGCUUCCCAACCCAACGAUUCCUCUUGGACUCCUCCGCUAAUUGGAUCAAAUAACGAUAACUUGACCGUCAUAUUGAAAAACAAAAAUGCUGCAGUGAAUGGGAAUAAUAGAAAAAAACGUGAAAGAAAGAAGAAAGGCGAGAAGCGAAGAGAGAUUAUAAGCAGGAAAGAAAAGCGUAGACAACGCAGCGAAAUGCGAGAAAGCCCCGUUGCUCCUUCAAAAGAAGUUUUUGCAUCUGGAAACAACAUCCUAGUUAGCGUGAGUUUUAAUAAAGAUAAUAAUCCACCACCUCCAACACAAACGACGGUAGUCACACUGCCUCCUACUAGAGAAGAGAUCAUUUCGAAGCGUCGUUCAGUUGAACGCCAAGGACGUAAACAGAAAAAAUCUAAGGAAAAAGCUCAGCGGCGUCGAAAGAAGGUAGAUGCAAAACCUGUGGCUAUAAUCGAUUUAGAUCGCUCACCAUUCCAAGUUAUCGCUCAGUCACCGCGAGAUAUAAUCGUUCUAACCGAUGAAAGUGAUAGGGAAGGUGACGAGGAAGGAAACAAUAAGCGAAAGGCCAUCAACAAUGGCAUGGACAUGGGCCAAAACGACCGAGCGCUUGAUGAUAUGCAAUUGAAUAACAUGGACAAAACAGUUGAAAUGCAACGACCCAAUACAAUGGAGGAAGAAGAAUCCUUCGAGAUGCAACAACUCGGCCCGAAAACACCACCUGAUCCACCAUCCACCAUUAAAUUUUCUCUGGCGAAAACAAAGCAAAUUAAAGUUAGAAAUCCUUUGCAUGACGAGCAAGAAGAAAUGCAAGAACAAGCAGAAGCAGAACAUCCUGAUGAUCAGAUGCAAAUGCAUCCAGCGAAUAAGAUCGGGCCAAAUACUCCGCCUGAGUCUGGACCCUGCUCGCCAGACGCAUAUGAUCCCUUUGAUCCGACUAAGUCUCCCUCAAUGUCUCCUUCACAUUCUCCAGCACCACCACAGGAUUCGGCGCCAGAUGAUACAAAUGAAAAGAUUUCUCAUGUUCAAGAAACCAAUGCAGUCGAAGCGCGACCAGCAACUAUGACUCAAGAGAAAAACUUAAAUCCAGUUGAUCUGGUGAUGGCAUUAAUAAACACAAAAGCGUCAAUGUCCCAGCAAGAAAUGAUGAAUAUGAAUGCCGAUUCAGGAGGAUAUACAAUGAAAGCAGAUGGAGCCGAGAGCAUGAAUAUGGUCGGUGACGAAAACAACGCCCCUUGCGGUAAGAAUAUUACAGUGCUUUCGAAUGUGCUAAUAUCCAAGCCCCAAAAUCGAACAAAUCAAAUGUUAGCGUCGAGUCCUCCAAUCUCGAAAUCGCAAUCGCAAAAUCUCAACAAACUGCCUAAGCAGCCAACGAAUCGGCAAAAUGGCGGAGCAGGUAUUUCGAAUGAUGAUAUGGGUAUCGGUACUGCCGGUAGUAAUGAUCCUGAAUCGCCGUAUUCUCCUGGCUCUGCAGAUUAUGAAGAUCUUUUCGAACCACCACCACCAACAAUAGAUAAUUCUAUUUCAUUAGCACAACUUGCACAUAAUCGCAAAGCAAACAAAGCUGAAAUUUUUGAUAACUUGUUUGGUAGCACAUCUCCGGCGGAUCGAGCACGGGUGUCAAAUUUCACUCGUCGAAAGUCUGGAAAGUCUACGAAAAAGACAUCGGUAAAAGUUGCGAAAACAAAAUUGGAAGACGAUCAAAUUAAAAUAUUUGAUGAACUGCCCAGCUCUGCGGUCGAAUUACAAGUUAAGGAUAAGUUUUUGCGUAAGCUGAAUCGUCAAGAACGCGUCGUUGAAGAAGUGAAAUUGGUUCUGAAGCCACACUACAACAGAAAACGCAUUACAAAGGAAGAUUACAAGGAAAUUCUGCGGCGUUCUGUUCCUAAGAUUUGUCACAGUCGUUCGGGUGAAAUAAACCCAGCCAAGAUUAAAAAUCUGAUAGAGGCAUAUGUUAAGAAAUUCCGUCAGCGUAAUAAAUUGAACAUUAUAGGAACGGGCCAAGUGAGUAGUGCAGUGAAAUGUGCUGCCUACUUGAAAAAGUUGUGAUGAAAUUGUGACAACGUACGUUAGUCAUUUACAAAGGAGUGAACUUAAGAUACUAAUUAAAAUGGAAGAGACAACAGUCUCAUAAAGAUAUUUAUUUAAUGUAUCUUUAUAUGCAACAGUUUGAGUGAAUAGCAUCGCGGAAUGGUAUUAAAGGCAGAUAAUCAAUGCCAGAGUGGAUGUCCUGCUUUCAAGUAGUAAAUUAAAGGAAAAUAAACAUUCAAUACUUUGCUGCGUAUAUGAAAGUAUCCCGCAUUCGUGUCUUUAGCACAUUGAAUUAGAACAGAUGGAGUCCACCCUGGUGAUGAUUAUCGCGUUUAGUUUCUCUAUUUUCACCCAAUCAGAUACCAGUUUCGUUAGACAAACUCUACUGAUAUCAAAUAUAGUGAUUUCAGUAUUUUUUCUGUAAAUAUUAUCCGGAAUCAACUAUAUAAGGAUAGUGUUAAUUCUGCAGUUGCUGCUCUAUAUUUAUCUCCUAAGGAAUCUAUGUAUUUAGUGUAUACAGGAAAAACAGAAAAAAGUGAAACCACUAGAAUGUUUGCCUCGUUGUUUAGCAAGAAGAGAGCAAAGUAGAUUGAAAACAGAUGAACACAACCUGGAAAAUACGCAUUCUUCGCCAAACAUCAAGGAAAACACAGUUUUUAAUUUGAAUCGAUGAAUAAUAUAACAGUACUAUAUACAAAUAGGAGCAAAAGCAAAUAUCAUUAUUAUUUCAUAGUCCAUAGAUUUUAGAAGUUUAGCGGAGAUGCACAGACAGCACUUCGCUUAAACACUCAACAAAUCAAUCUUAAUAUUCCUUUCGUUUGAAUGAUACAAUUGUGAAACGAGAAAAGAAACUUCGAUUCUAAGAUAAUGUAAUAUUAGUUUGAUAUACUUUCGUAAUUUAUGGAUUUUCCUUUGGUUUAAAUUGUACAUUUUAUCAUCUUUGAAAUUCACUUUCCACGUUUUUCUUUCUCUUUAAUUGUAUGCAAUUACGAGUGGGUGGGUAAGCAGCAUUGUCAUAUUAUUUUCUUUUUGUUUUUGCAAUCAUUUUAUUUAAAUUCACUCUGCAGUUUUUGCCUCUUUGGUUUUUUCAAUUUAUGCGUUACUAUUAUAUAAAAUAUAAAUUCUAAGCAGUUAACUUUAUAUAUACCCAAUUUUAGUAUAAUGCAAUAUUUCUCUCAUGUAGUUUUUAAUUGUAAUUGUUUACUGACUUAUGAAUUUAGUAAAUAAAAACACUAAACAUGGAUAAUGAAAGAUUUCAGCAAAUAAAAUGAUCAAUGUGUAAAUUUUUAAAGAAUAA